UUGUGACGUGAGGAGGAUCUGGCAACCCUGUGAACAGCCUGCGCGCUCGUUGAGCUCGGAGACGUGAACAGCGCUCGCGCUGAGUUGGAGUUUGGAGCUCAGUAACGUCACAUGCGGAUCCACGUUUAUAAAGUGGGAUGGUGAGAGGGGGGAGUGUGUGAGGAGAUGGGCUGCGCCUCGGCUAAGCAGGUAUCGGCUGUGCCGAGUGACGACGAGGGCCGGGGAAAGGCCUACAGCAACGGAGACGUCUACUCUGAUGAGUACAGGAUGAAAGGGGUUGAGGAGGUGAAGUACAUGCGUGUAGAGGAAGACCGUGUAAAUGCACGUAACCAGGAGAAUCUGGAAAAAAGUUCAGCACAAAACAAAACAAAGUUGCACAAAGAGGUGCCAGGAGCCAACGCCAACAGGCCCAAUAUUCAUACGUCAGAGAGUCAGCAGGAGUUCUUCAGAAUGCUGGAUGAGAAGAUUGAGAAGGGACGAGACUACUGUUGGGAUGAAGAACGAGCGAGAGAGAAUGAGAGAAAAAUAGAGAGAACAUUCCCUUCUAUGGAGUGAAUUUAAAUCAGUGUUUUGUCUAUAACUGUUCAGAUUGGAGGAGUGUGGCGUGUGUGUGUGUGUGUGUGUGUAUGUGUGUGUGUGUGUGCGUACGCGUGUAAAAGCGAGUGUGAGUCUGCGAAAGGGAAUUUCCCUUGAGAACUAUAACUCCGCCCCCACUCACUAUCCUCCUACUUCCAUCUACGGUGGAAUAAUGAAAUGGACGUUUUGAUCGACAUCAGUUUGAGCGACCAAUCUACUGAGGAUUUAGCCCCGCCCCUCUGCACCUCAAGCUUCAACCUGAUUGGUUGGUUAUGGAUGCACAACUUCCUCCUCGACUGUGAGAGACAAUGAAAUGAAAAGAGAAACAGGAUGUUUUUGUGUCCUCGGGGAGAAAGCAUGGGAUGAAUGGACACAACACAGAAGUGUGUGUGUGUGUGUGUGUGUGUGUGUGUGUGUGUGUGUGUGUGUGUGUGUGUUUGAUAUGUAAAGUAAAACAGAAGAGAUAUUUUAUUAAGAGAGAUAUGAGAGAUGGGAAAAUGCGAACUCCUGCAUUUUGAAGGACAUUUUUUUAUCUGUGCAGUUUUUAUUUCUAUUAUUAUUUCUUUGUUGUUUAUUUUAUUUGUUUUAUUUUUUUGGCUCAUAUUAUAGAACAGUGCCCUCUUCAGAUUAAAGAUGUAACGGGCGGGAACUCAUUGACCUCGUAUACACCCUACACACACACACACACACAUCAAAACAUAUUACAUAUCAAAUCACUUUAUUCUCACUGAGCGCACACACACACACACACACACACACACACACACACACUGACUGUAGUAUUUCUUGCCUAUACUCCUUUCAAACACACACACCUACACACACAUACACACACAUACACACACACUGACUGUAGUAUAUCUUGCUUAUACUCCUUUCAAACACGUACACACACACACUGACUGUAGUAUUUCUUACUUUUAAACCUUUCAAACACACACGUACACACACACACACACACACACUGACUGUAUUAUUUCUUGCUUAUAAUCCUUUCUAACACGCACACUCACAGGCUACCUGCUAAUAAUUCUGACUUUAACUACACUUGCAGUUCUGACGUAACUCCGCCCUCCCCUCGAGUUCUCAAACCUGAUUGGUCAGACACAGUGUCUAUGACUUUUCUCCAACAGCAUCUACACGUUCGUAUAAACGGCCUCAUUUUAAUAAGCUAUCGUUUCUAUAGCAACAGCCGAAACACUCUCGAGGGACUCUCGAAUAAACCAGACGAUCCGUAUAACCUACGGCUGAUAACAGUCCGAUUAAAAACCUCAAUCGAAACAUCUCGACGUGUAUAGAUAAAACUCCAAAAGUAAUGGCACCCACCUCACCCAAGUAUUUAAAUAGAUCAUCUCUCUCCAAGGGUUCUCUUGGCCAACUACAGAACCUCCUUAUCCAUAAGUUCCUGUGGGUUUCACACUGUACUUUCCUAAACCCUGGAUUAAACUACUACUUAUUUACAUAUUUCCGUCUCAGAAUCCCUGAUUAGAUAAAUCCAGCGCGCGACCGUUUUAAAUCACGGCUCGUCUCGAACCUAAACGAAAGCAAAAACGAAGAAGAGCAAAUUAAAUUAAAUGACUUUUAAGAUUAGAGCCUUGUGUUUACUUGUACAGUAGCAUCAUUGUUUACACGACCAGUUAGUUCGUCCUGAACAAACUGUACUCCUGUCUCCUGUCUGCUUUGGUUGGCGUGUUUUCUGUCGCCGUCGGACGCCAUUUUUAACGUCGUAGCUACUGUUUACACGUCAUUCUGUGACUGAACAGAGCACAUAAUGUGAGGUUUCUGAUUGGAUGUUUCUGUCGCUAUGCAAGACGACAACAGACACGAUUAACCCUCGUGAUUAGAACUGAAACGAUCGCAGUACGAGAGACCCAGGAACAAGCCCCGCCCCCCUUUCUGUGCUCUCAACCAAUCAAAGAAGAGAAAAAAACUAAACAUUGUUGAAUCUGAAAUCAUUUUCUCAACCUUCACAGUAUGCUUUUUAUUUAUUUAUUCAUUUAUAAACUGCUGGUGUUUUCCAGGUUGGGCACAUUUCCACCUCCUCAGCUGUUUUUAAUCAUGUGGAUCUGGGAAAUGCUGGAUGUUUUUAUUCCCCAGUGUCGAGUGUAGAUAUAAACAGAAUUUACAUUCAGUGUACAGGUUUGAGUUGCUUUGAGAGAAUGUUUAAUUUACGGAAAAAUGUCAAUCUGGCAACCGAUCUGCCCUGUAUUGUGUAUGGUGUUUUAUAGUAGCCUGACACACACAUACACACACACACACACACACACACAGGGUGGUGUGUAUGAACUGGGGCAGUGUGAGAGGUGAUGAGGUGACAGUGUGACUCCGUCCUGCUCCGUUCUUCUGUUCCCUUUAUCUCUAAAUCUGCUCCAUUUUUGGGAAUGAUGUUAUUUUCCAAUAUUUUUUUUAAUAAAUAUGAAAAAUGAAGAA